AUGGCGAAUACUGGUGAAGACGAAUAUGAUUUCUUGUAUAAAAUUGUCCUGGUUGGAGAAAGUGGUGUUGGGAAGUCCAACCUCCUCUUGAGAUUCACACGAAACGAAUUUGACCCAGACAAGAGGUCGACCAUUGGUGUCGAAUUUGCCACAAGAAGCAUUGUAUACCAUGAGAAGAACAUUAGAGCGCAAAUUUGGGAUACUGCUGGACAAGAGAGAUACAGAGCGAUCACCAACGCUUAUUACAGAGGAGCUUUGGGGGCUUUAGUUGUGUAUGAUAUUACAAAGAAGUCUUCAUUUGAAUCUGUAGAGAGAUGGUUGAAUGAGCUCCACGAGAACGCCGAUAGAAAAGUCCUUCAGAUGAUCAUCGGGAACAAAUCCGACUUGAACCAAACCAGAGAAGUCACCACUGAGGAAGGAAAGAAGUUAGCGGAGGACAACAAAGCAUUCUUCUUUGAGACAUCUGCGUUGGACGGAAACAACGUCGAAGACGCAUUCAUGACACUCCUCAAGAAAAUUUACGACGAGUCAGCUAAGGUCGUCGUCGACGAAGUAAAAACCGAGGCAAAACCAACAGCUGACACUGUCGUUUUGACUCACGAGGAACCAAAAGCCACCGAAAAACAGCAAAAGUGUUGCUAA